AUGCCCGCCAGUUCACUCCAGCAAUCCGGGCCAUUUGAGUCCUUGGAUCAUUAUCUCAAGGCUCGAGAGUCGCUUGUCAACUCUGAGAAAGCCCAUGGAUAUGAAGGUUUGGUCAAAAGGACAACUCUAGAGGCGACAGCCGAAGAUAUUAUUCAGCGCCUCAAAGAGUGGGAAGAGAAAAAUGUCUACGGUAUCAAGAGUGAUGGCUCUGGACACGAAGCUGGCCACCGGUUUUUCCAUGGCCUAGAUCUUGUUCCAGAUAGCAAACUAUUCGAUAUUGCUACAAAAGCUCCCAAAGGCUGUCUUUUGCAUUGCCACUAUGACUGCCUUCUACCUCCGGAGACUGCCCUUAGCGAUGCUAGGAACCAACCGAAUCUCUAUAUCAAAUGCGAUGUUCCACUCGUCUCGGAGGGGCUCUUUGCUUAUGCUUUGCCUCAAUUCGACGUGUUCAGUCAAGAUAUACAUCUAACUGAAUCCACCAAUCUGUUCAGCAAGGCAUAUGUCGCUGGAUCUUGGAUGCGAUAUUCCGACUUCUUGAGCAAGUUUCCAGGUGGAGCAUAUAAGGCAGAAUCAUGGCUCUAUAAGCGGAUGGUCUUACGGCCGGAUGAUGCCUAUCAUCCUAAGCAGACAGUUAACGGCAUCUGGCAACAGUUUAUUCGGGUGGUCACAGUUAUCCGAUCCAUGUUCGGCUAUGAGACGGCUUACAGGGAGCAAUUUAGAAGAGUGCUGUGGAAAUUUGCCCAAGAUGGUAUCAUGUAUGCCGAGAUUCGAGUAGCUCUCAAUUAUAGGUUUUCCAUCAAAUCCGAUGAUGGCACUCGAGAACUCAAGCAGAAGGAAGCUUUGGAGAUUUUCCAGCAGGUGUUGAGAGAAGAAGUUCCAAAGAUACACGCCGCGGGGCAUGCAUUCUACGGUGUCAAGGUCAUAUACGCAUGCAUGCGAUCUUCGUCUAGAGAAGCCAUGCUUUGGUGUAUGGAUAACUGCAUCGAAAUGAAGCAAUUGUUCCCAGACCUCAUUUGCGCUUUUGAUAUGCAGGGACAGGAAGAUUCAGGACACCCGCUUUCUUACUGGGUUUCUGAUCUUCUCGCGAUGCGUGCUAAAAUUACAGCGCUAAAUCUCGAUCUGCCAUUCAUAUUCCACGCCGGCGAGACGCUUGAUCAUGGAGGAGACACCGAUUCCAAUUUGUAUGAUGCUAUCCUAUUAGAUACGAAGCGCAUCGGACACGGUUUCAGCAUCACCAAGCACCCGCUUCUCAUGCAAAUUUGCAAGGAGAAGCAGAUUGCCAUUGAGACGUGCCCCAUUUCUAAUGAAGUCUUGGGAUUAGUCCCGACAACAAAGUCCCAUCACCUGCCCGUUCUCUUGGCCAAUUGUGUUCCUUGCACUGUCAACAGCGAUGACCCUGGAUCAUGGAAAGCGAGUAUGCUGUCUCAUGAUUUCCAUCAAGCGAUGAUGAGUAGUGAAAACAUGUCGCUCAUGGGUUGGCGGACUCUCGCCGAAUGGAGCAUCUCCUAUAGCUGCGUCGAUGCAGAGACAAAGGAGAAGAUGCUAAGCGACUACGGCAAAAGAUGGGCAGAGUUCUGUCAGUGGAUUGUUGAUGUAUAUGGAAAAGCCUAA